CAUGUGCCAGCUGCUUGCUGGUAUAUUUUCCAGUCUAAAGUGAGAAACAUCAUUCGAUCACUCUCUCCUUUUACAAUCCUGAAGCAAUUUGUCUCUCUCACAUCCUCAUCACGCACAGGCCCAGGGGAGAAGAGAAAUCGUCGAUGAUGAAACGACAGGAUACUAGUCUGCGGUCAGCAUCUUCGCGCCGUGAAAAUUGUCCGACAGAAAAUCUCAACGCCAAGACCGUCGGCUGCAUGUCCGGCAUCUUCCACCUUUUCUCUAAACACCACUCUUCCCGCAAAUUCCUCACUUUUGGGAAAAGGCAAGAGAGGAAUGGGGUUGGUUCCUCUUCUACAAGAUCAAAAUCCUCGAUAGCACUAAUCAAAGGUUCCGCACCCGCCAAACUAGCUGAAACCAAACAUGAAGACAAGUCCAUUUAUAUUGGGAGAUUCUCAAGCAAUAACGUGCCAAGAAGCCCGACCCUGCCAGCAGAGAUCCGGCGGUUUAGCUCCCUGGAUUCGCCCGCUGAGAACUCCAGAACCCCACCUGCUCUAGUUGCUCGGCUGAUGGGGUUGGAGCAGGCUCCGCAGAUAAUGUCAAAGAUGCCAAUGCAGGAGUCCAUGUCCAUCAACAAGAGGCAGCAGCUUCUGGGAGCACUGGAGAAAUGUGAUGAAGAUUUGAAGGCCCUAAAGAAGAUCAUAGACAGUGUCCGGGCUGCUGAAACUCUCCGAUCACCCACCAUGGUGAAGAGAAUGGAGGCCGCCGUUGAUGACAAUAAGAAACGGUUCUAUGGUGCAAAUUUUAAGUGUAUGGAGCUUACUAGUGAGCAGCCGAGUCCGGUGUCUGUGCUUGACGAGUUCGCUCACUCGCCUUUCAGCAACCACCACCACUACAGAAAACAAGUAUUAAAUUACGGACGAGCAGCGGCACAACCUCAACUAAGGAAGAGACCAGGAGAAGAGGACUUUUUGAAUCCAAUUAUGAUUGACAGAAUCACAACGGAAUCAGUACUUUAUAAGAGCCACAACGUAGAAGCACCAUCGACACCAUUGUGGAAUAGCAAAGCCAUGGUAGAGAGUGUAGCGGAAGUGUGCAGGGACAUUGCUUGGGGAGAGAAGAGAGAGAUUGGAAGAAUAGGGCUGGCUUUGCAGGACCACAUUUGCAAAGACUUGAUUGAAGAGAUGGUCAAAGAUAUGAAAUCAUAUACUUGUGUGUAUUCACUGCCCUUUGAGGUAUGUAAGAGAAGACUACGCUUCUAAUUAGUUUGUGUGUAUUUUUCUAAUAUUUCGAUUUCGUUAUUGUGAUUUUGAUUCUAGAAUUCCAAGAGUAUAAGACGACCAAUUAGUAUUGAAUUUAUUAUAUUUGUCAA